AUGCCUGCUUCUGUCUUCCUUCUUGGUCCCGUAACAACACUUGUCCGUCGCGAAUCAGCCGUUGCAGAUUACGCCAAUUUAGGCGUCAAAACAGUGGUUGGUAACCUGGAUGAUGCAUCAUUGAUCAAGGAUCAGGUUGCAGUUAGUGACAUGGUCUUCCACACCGCCACUGCAGACCACUUGCCAUCUGUCCAAGCAAUCAUCGAUGGCAUCAGACAACGAGCGGCGCAAGGGCUAAGCACAAUCUACAUCCACAACAGCGGAGCAACUUUGCUCUCUGAUACCGCGCAAGGCGAGUACAAGAGCGAUACCAUAUUUGACGAUGAACAGCCCGGAGAGAUUGACGCUCUCCCCGAUUCCGCAUCUCAUCGCCAAAUCGACUUGGCCAUCAUCCGGGCAGGCCGAGAACUAGCCUCCCACGCCAAAAUAGCCAUCAUGAUUCCGCCUCUUAUCUACGGUCUGACUGCUAGAGAGAAGCGCCUGUCGAUCCAAUUGCCGACACUCAUCCGGUUCUCUAUCAAACAUGGCUAUGCGGGUCAGAUCGGGAAGGGUCUCGCAGUUUGGAAUCAGAUUCAUGUCAGAGACCUUGCCAGGGGAUAUAUGGUUCUCGUUCACUGGAUGGAGCGUGCGCCUGUCACUGAGAUUGCGCUGAAUCCGUACUUCUUUUGUGAAAACGGCCAAGAGUUGACUUGGGGUGAAUGUGCUGCCGAGAUUGGCCGUGUACUGAAGAAUACAGGCCGCAUUGCUCAAUCGACGCCGAAACCCAUUCCGAAGGAACAGUGGGGUGAUCUGUUCGGGGAUUAUUCUGGGAUGGUGCUCGGAUCAAAUGCACGGAAUAGGGCGAAUCGACUUCGGAAAUUGGGGUGGGCGCCCUUGGAGAAGGGGACCCUUGCCUCCUUGGCUGAAGAUGAGAUUCCGAUCAUUGCGAUGGAAGCCGGGGAGUUUACAGGUUAUGCGAGCGUCGUUGCGUCGUAA